ACGUGGAAUCUUCCACAACAUCACGCAGUUCCCACUCAUACUAUAAGUCAAUCGAAGAGCCAGCUCCGCGGCAUCAGACAUCACAAACUCAAAACAUCACACGCUGCAAACUACCCCACCACUUUCGUACCGAUAUACCCAUAUCGAUAACCACCUCGUUUUACAAGAGCACAAUAAAGUCUUCCGUGACCACAAACCGCCCAUUAUGCCAACAGAAGUCACCCAACCCCUACACUUCCGCACCCUCCUCACAGGCCACACCUACCUAAUCGCCGACUUCUACGCAACAUGGUGCCCACCGUGCAAGCAAAUCGCGCCCAUCUACAACCAACUCAGCACCGCCCACUCUGCAGCAGGCAAAUUCGCAUUCGUCAAAGUCAAUGUCGACGAAGCGCGAGAAAUUGCGGCGCAGUAUGGCAUCCAGGCUAUGCCGACUUUUUUGCUGUUCAAGGAUGGGAAGCAGGUUGAGGAGGUCAAGGGGGCGGAUCCGAGGAAGUUGAAGGCGGUGGUUGAAGGUGCGAGUGCGGGUUUGAAGAGCAGUGGUAGUGCUACGCCUUCAGCUGCACCGAAGACGCAGGAGAAGGAGAAGACGGAUGAUCAGGCAGCGCAAGAGAAGAAGACUGCGCCUAGUAGGAACGAUGAUGGUCUGAGUAUGCUUGAGAGGCUUAUGCAGAAGAAGAAGUAAAGUGGCAUUGUUCGAGUCGGAAUCAGAGGAUGAUAUUUGAUACCCAAUAUGGAGAGGUCCAUUAAUGCAUUGGACUAUAAACACUACAAGUUAUGCUUUUCUCAGAAGUCUGACGAGGCUCCGCUGCGAUGCAGUUGAUACGGUGUUACCCCACGCAUGUGCCAGGCCGAACCCUUAAACCCUGGACCACGUGUCGAUGUUUAAACCGCAGACAGCAACAUCUGUGUUCGCAGUCUGUACGAGUCCAGUGAUCAGGACAGGUCUUGCUGCGUCAGUUGCGUGACUUCUUCCG